GCACCCCGAACUCUCGACAUCCUGCUCCCCGUCUUCCCUUCUACUCCACUCCACCUCUCGCCCUUCAUUUGUAUCUCCCGGUCUCCUUCUUCCAUGGCCAAGACCCUCUCUCUCCGAUCCUUAACCUCGUUUGUCCCCAGCAGGAUCCAGUUCUCCUCUCCGAGAUCUGCCGAUUGACCCCUGUUUCAUCUCUUCUCGUGGAGCAUAGUGAAAGAUCUGAUUGAAUCCCAGGGUUUCUUGGUUUGUGUUUGGAUCAGGUCAUGGUUGAGAUCUUUCCCUCCGGAUGGAGAUUGCUCACCACGCACAGGACGCUGGUUUUGGUGCUCUGGAUCGUGGGGUUAGCGCUGGUGUUCGGGUGGCAGACGAGCUCGGUGGACGGCCUCGCGUUCUUCCGGUGGGGGACGGUGGCUCGGCCGUCGCCGAGACUGCGGGCGGCGCUGUACAAUUUGACGGAUUUUGGCGGGGUUGGGGAUGGGAAGACGCUGAACACCGAAGCGUUUGAGCGUGCGGUAGAGGCGAUUUCGAAGCUUGGGGCGAGGGGGGGCGGGCAGCUCAACGUGCCGUCCGGCCUCUGGCUCACUGCGCCCUUCAAUCUCACCAGUCACAUGACCCUCUUCCUCGCUGAGGGUGCAGUGAUUUUGGGAAUAGAGGAUGAAAGCUACUGGCCACUGAUGCCUCCUUUGCCAUCAUAUGGAUAUGGGCGGGAACACAGGGGCCCUCGGUACGGAAGUCUCAUACAUGGUGAAAAUCUGAAGGAUAUUGUUAUAACUGGACAUAAUGGUACAAUAAACGGUCAAGGUCAAGCAUGGUGGACAAAAUACAAGAAAAAGGUUCUCAACUAUACCAGAGGACCUCUUGUUCAGCUAAUGUGGUCCAAGGAUAUAGUCAUCUCCAACAUAACUCUGCGUGACUCUCCUUUUUGGACUCUGCAUCCCUAUGACUGCAAGAAUGUAACCAUCUCAAAUGUCACCAUAUUGGCUCCUGUUUCUGGAGCUCCAAACACAGAUGGAAUCGACCCAGAUUCUUGUGAGGAUGUGUUGAUAGAGAACUCCUACAUAUGUGUAGGUGAUGAUGCAGUGGCCAUAAAGAGUGGCUGGGAUCAGUAUGGAAUAGCAUAUGGGCGUCCAUCUACCAACAUCACACUCCGCAAUCUCACUGUCCGGUCUGUUGUGAGUGCUGGAAUAUCCAUAGGCAGUGAGAUGUCUGGUGGAGUUUCUAAUAUCAUAGUUGAAGACCUUAUCGUUUGGGAGUCAAGGCGAGGCAUAAGAAUAAAGACAGCUGCAGGGAGAGGCGGUUAUGUUCGCGACAUCUUCUACCACAACGUGACCCUCGACAAUGUUCGUGUUGGAAUUGUGAUAAAGACAGAUUACAAUGAGCACCCUGAUAACGGCUUUGACCCUAAAGCUGUGCCUAUCAUUGAGAACAUAACUUUCAGUGGGAUCCACGGUCAAGGUGUUCGCGUGCCAGUUCGAAUCCAUGGUAGUGAGGAAAUCUUUAUUAAGGGUGUGAGCUUCAAGGAUAUGUCUGUGGGCUUAAGCCACAAGAAGAAACAUGUCUUCCAAUGCUCAUUUGUGGAGGGUCGUGUGAUAGGAUCCAUUUUUCCCGCACCAUGUGAGAAUCUUGACUUAUACAACGAGCAAGGCAAGUUAGUAAAGCGAUCAAUGUCUCAGAACGUCACCGAUAUUGAUUAUAACAUUUAGAAGUUUUAUUGUUGCAAAAAUUACAUUGCGGCAAACACUCUUAAGCAUAUAUAUUGAGUUGUCCACUCCCUCUUUUUGGUUUGUACAUAUAGAAGAUCUUAAUGUUCAUUUUGUUAGAUAUUUUAUCUACUUUAAAUUAAGAUA